AUGGAGGCAAUGCAGAUCAUUGCUGGUAACAAAUCAUUAUCACCUGAUCUAAAUGUGAAGACAUUGAAGGAAUGGGAGGAUACAGCUGGUGCUCGACCCUUACCACUAUGUCAGGAGCAUCCUGCAUUAAAGCAACCUAGAUAUCGUCCAAUGGGUAUGAAGAAUCCUUCACAGACUAGAGUCUGCUAUCUUAAUGCUAUGAUACAGGGCUAA